GGAGAAUGAUACGGAGCAGGAGGAAUGGAGUCUAGUGAGUGUGAAAAUGUGUCAAAAGAAAAGGAAGCAUUUGAAGAAGAAGAGUUUGAAGCUAGUGCUAUGGAUUCUCUGAUAGACAUGCCAUUUGCCACCGUAGAUAUUCAAGAUGAGUGUGCAAUCACUGAUGUACCUCACAUAAAUUUGGAGAGAAGUAAAGAAAAUGAACGGAUCAGUAAAGAUCAGAUAAAGAAGAAGAAAAAAAAGCAAAAAGAUUAUCAACCCAACUAUUUCCUAUCCAUUCCGAUCACCAACAAAGAGAUUACAAGAGGAAUUAAGAUCCUACAAAAUGCAAUAAUACAACAAGACAAACAACUGGCCAAAGCAAUGAUCAGUGAUGGCUCCUUUCAUAUUACCCUGCUAGUGAUGCAGUUAUUAAAUGAAGAGGAAGUAAACAUUGGUAUUGGUGCUCUUUUGGAAUUAAAACCAUUCAUAGAAGAAAUCCUCCAAGGAAAACAGUUGAUUUUGCCUUUUCAAGGGAUUGACACUUUUGGAAAUCAGGUUGGAUUUGUGAAGCUGGCAGAAGGAGAUCACAUAAACCCACUUUUGGAGAUAGCAGAGACUGCAAAAAGGACGUUUCAAGAAAAGGGCAUCUUGGCAGGAGAAAACAGGGGUUUUAAGCCUCAUUUGACUUUUAUGAAAUUGUCCAAAGCACCAUGGCUCCGGAAGAAGGGAGUGAAAAAAAUAGACCCCGAAUUCUAUGAAAAAUUUAUCAGUCACAGAUUUGGAGAAGAAAUGGUACAUCGCAUAGAUCUUUGCUCCAUGCUAAAGAAAAAACAAAGUAAUGGUUAUUAUCACUGUGAGUCUUCAAUUGUGAUUGGUGAGUUGGAAAGCCCGUCCUCUACCGUCCUGCAGAGGUACAGAAAGGAUAUACCCAGCUGGCCAAGUGGCAAGAAACCUAUUGGAUUCCGGGACUUAAUUAAUGAAGCUUUGCGUCGAGAAAGGAUGGGUCUGAAGUCCAAAGUGAAACAGAUAAAGGAACUUUUAUUAAAACCUGAGACUCAGGCCAGGAUUAGGAGGGAGCUUUUUGAAGGAAGAUCUGUUAACAACAGUAAUCAAGGAAACCAGGUUGAUUUCGGCGCAACUUUGACGUAAGCGCUACGCUGUUAUCACGGUACCAUAGUUAAUGAAACCUUUUCAGAUGAUUUCAUAGGUCUUUGGUAAAUACCAAAAAGUGUUUUCAUAGUGUCCACACAACAGCAAACCAACAUUUGGUAAGGAAUGAAUAAUUUCCUGCCAAAGAAAACAGAUUCUGCCCUGUUAUGUUUUAAACUCAACUUGUGUUCUGGUAUGUUUGUUUCUGUACUAUCAAAAGUUACUUUAUAGAAAGGACUUCUUAAUUAGCUGUUGUGAGAUGUUCCUUGGGUUCUCACAGAUAAAAUACACAGACUGUGAAAAAUCAUUUACAUACAAAAAAAAAAAAAUACAGUGUUUUAAGGAUCACUUGCCUUCUGUUGAUGUGAUUUUUGUUGUCAUUAAAUCAGAAGUAGUAUUGUCCACAUAUGUCUGUAUCUAGUGUUACUUUUAAUGGGGAUUUGAAUGUUUAUUGAACAUUAGUACUUGAAUGAACAUUUAUAAGUGUAAUUAUUACAAUUACUGGUUAAGAAUGUUUUAUAAUAUCCAUAUGUAUUAUUUUUCAAUGAUCAAAAUGUAGUUUGCUUUUUCAUUUCUUAAUGAAUAAAUGUUUGGGAUUUUUAUUUUCUACUUUUCUGAGGAUAAGCCCUAGGUCUUACUGUAUCCCUUAUAAUCUGAAUUUGUUUGCACUGGUUCAUUUUUAAAGAAAAUUCUUGAAAAAUUUCCCCCCACGUGAUAAUCUUUGGUAACAGCUUUUUCUAUGGUCAUUGCAAAAUGGCUGCUACUAAGAGAUCAUGUUGGAGAGGAAAUUAUUGGAGAUCAAAUAUGUAAUCAUUUCAGAUACAAAAUCCAGCUUACUCAUGGAUUUUAGCUAUUUUUUCACUGGGUAAAUUCUACAUUUAUUUAUAAAUGAGUUUAUGCAUUUUCAUGCCUCUUAAUAAAUGUAUUGUUUUUCCCUU